AUGUCAGAUUAUUUGCCUGAUGAAGUGAUGAUACAAAUCCUCUACAAGUUGCUCGCCAAGUCACUGAUAAAAUGCACAAGUGUAUGCGAGUCAUGGAAUUCUCUCAUCAAUUUCAUUUCUGACCACCUAACUGAAACCCUCAGCUCAAAAACCACUAAUCCGUUACUCCUCAUUCGCCUCUGCUUGUACGGGAAAGAGCAAUACUCGCUUCAUUCAGAUAAUGUAGAGUUCAAUGAGAAAUUCUUUUCACUUCCAGAGCCCAAUAUUGAAUACAAUGUCUAUGGCCGCUUUGUUAGGGACUUCAUUGGUUUCAGCUUCAAUUCCAUCGGUAAUGACUACAAUGUCCUAAGAAUAUCUCCCUGGAACAGCGAAGAAACAAGGAGGCCCUGGAAGAUCAGGCCGUGCCCCUAUCAUAAUUUUCGAGGGAAAGAUCUUGUUGAGGCUGAGCUCUACUCGCUUAAAGCUAAUUCUUGGAAAAGUAUUAUGAAUAUUGCGCCCCAGUAUUAUACAAAUUGCCGUGAUGUUCCAGCUACUGUGAAUGGUACAAUGCAUUGGAUUGCGCAUAAGAGGAACCUACUGGAUGCAUGA